AUGUUGGGAAGUAAGAAUCGAUUUGGAAAUUGUCCAUUUUGGUGGAUUUUUUUUGUUACCAUACUGAACGAUAACUGCUUGGCACAUCUUCUAGCACCAGCUAUUCUCUCCACAAAACUUCAAUUAAAAAGUGACACGAUCGAAUAUGUUGGUUUUCCGCAGUCAGCACUCAGUGGUACUGAAGUGGAAAUACGGCUUCAGUGUGCCGAUGAUUCAGAUUUGACAUUUCAAGUACAGUAUGUUAUAAGGAGUUCUCCAUGUGAUAAAGAGUUUUUUGACGCCAGCCGACAUGUUCAAGUAAAAGAUUUAUUGAACUUUUACUUCGAGCAUGAGUUUGAGAUACCUCCCGGAUACGAUUACACCAAGAUUUUGUUCUACAAAUCUCAGCCACAGCAGUUCAGUUGUCGUCAGUCGCAUGGCGUAAUACUUCUCCGAGAAGAUGAGGGUCUACGUCGGCCGUUGGAAAUACAUAAUGUCAAACAGGCAACUUCCAAAUAUUCAAAUAUCCUAAGUCCAACUACAUCUCAUUUUGUACGGAAUCAACAGCACAUUAUUGGUCGACGUCAGCAGAUAGAAAAAAGGUUUAAACGUGAAUUUGCUGGUCUGAAUGGUGAUUCACUAGAUGGUGGCACUAAAGCUACUCUUAGUUCUUGGCAUCCAGUGCAGAAACUUCCAGCUGAUGGAAUAUAUUUUUUGGUAAUUAAGUUUACUGUCAUAAAGUCCAAUUCAUUUAAAAAGACCGCAGAAGUACCACUUGUCCACAAUUUAACAGUAGACGUGCAAUGGCGUAGUCCUUAUGGACACUUAAGUGCAAUCGAUUAUCCGCUUCUCAGAUUUUAUGCUUUUAUGUGGCUUUUUUAUGCUAUGCUAGCUGUCAUUUG